AUGUAUUAAUAAAAUUGUUAAGGGAACAGUUAUAAAGAUGAAAUAUUUCUUGAUAAUGAUGAAUUAUUUUAAGAUGAUGAAGAACCAACUAUAUUUGAUAUUGUUUAUAGAGAAGUGGGGUGUAUUUUACUUAAAUACACUAAUCUUAAUCUGAUAACUUGUCCAAAUACACUUUAUUAUAUAACCUUAAAGUUUGAUAAUGAUGAACCCUAAUCAUUUCUUUUUCAACCAAACUAUAUUUUGGUAGAAUAAUUAGCAGUUAAUCCAGCUUUAAAAGAGAUUGCUGAUUAACUUCAAAUAGAAGAUUUAAUCAAUCAUAAUUAAAAUGAUUCUGAAUAUUUUUAAGACUACUACUAACAUUUAAUAGAAGAAAUAUUUAAAUCUCAUUUAAAUUAAACUUAAGAAAUAUUUUUACGAUAAGUUGAGCUACUUGAAGAAGAAAGAAAAAAACCUUAAAUCGAUUAAGAACUUUAAUUGAUAUUUUAAAAUAAAUAGUUUUAAUUUCCAUCUAAAUUAGAAUUUAAAAAUGCUGAAUUACCUUAAAAUAUAAUUAAAUAUAAAUUGUUUGAAUUACUUAGAUAAUUAUAAUUUAACUAUUUGAAUUCUAAAAUUAAAGAAAAUAAAUCCAUAAAAUUAGAAUGUUCAGAUACUUCAUAACUAUUUUCAGGAUAAAAAACUCAAUCAGAAAGUGUUGAUAUAAAACCAUAGAUUUAACCAUUAAUAAUAAGUUCUUUAAAUAAAGAGAAAAUUAAAAUUAUUUUAAACUGGUUAAUUUAAUAAAAGAUUGCUAUUCCUGAAAUUAUACUUUGUGCUGAAUUGAAGAAUAGGGGUAAUGGAAUGAAUUUAACAUUUAAUCCUAAUUAAUAGAUAUUGAAUGUAUGUGCAUUUUAUUAUGAUUCAUUUUGUGAAGCUAAUCAAAAUUAAUUAGAAACUAAAAAUAUUAAGGAAGAGAAUAUUGAAGAAGCAAAAAUUACAAAGAAAUCUCAUAUCGGAAAAAUAAAGACUAAAAUUACUGAAUAUUAUUUAUUGAAUAAAAUGAUAGAUUUAGUUGUUCAAUAAAAAGAAUCUCUAAAAGCAAAAAUAAUUUAAUAGGUGAAAUAUUCUUAGUUAAUAAAUUAGAUUAAAAAACUAUCAAGGGUUUCAGAUGCUGAUGCUCAUUUUAGAAUAGUGAAAUAAUUUAUUCAAAAAUUGGAAGCAAUAAUUCUUAUAUAUGAUUCAAGUCAAAAAGAUAUACCAAAGGAAUUCAAAAAUUAAGUUGAAAAAAAAAAUUAACUUUCUUAAGAUAACCAAAGUGAAAUUGAUGAUGAUGAUUAAAAUAAACCUAUAAAAUCUUAAAAAAGAUAUUAUAGAUUACUUAAAUAAGUUGUAAAAUUAAUAUUGAUAGAAUCAAUUGAAUAAUAAAUACCAAUUCCUGAAAUUAUGACUUGUUUAUGGUUUAAAAAACAUAAGGAAAAAAUAGUAGAAGGUUAAUUAAUCAAUUAAAAUUCUGUUCAAAUAUUACCUUCUAAAUAGAGAUUGAUUCCAUUUUUAUAAAAUGAUGAACGAUUGAAAAUUAAAUAAUAAUAAGUUAAAUUGUAAAAUCUUUUAGAAUUACCUGAUACAGCCAUCUAGGAAUUACAAGAUUUUGAAAAUUUUCUAUCCUAAUUUAAUAUUGAUAUGAUAUAUGUGAGAGAUGUAAUACUUAUUGAAAAAAUACUUAUUAUCGUUAAUGAUAAGAAAGAAAGCAUCCAACAUCAAUUAAUUUAAGUUAUGAGUGAGUAUUAAAAAAUAUAGAAAGUUAAAGAUUAAUUGAAAGAGAAAUUAAUAUUGCUUCCUAAAUUAAGAACAAAUAAAACCUAAAUUAAUGAUGAACCUGUUUUAGAAAAUAUUAUAAACAUAAUAGAUAAUUUAUAAUUAUAUAUUGGUUAAAUUUAAAAGAGUUAGCCAUGCAUAAUAGCUAAGUAAAUAAUUAGUUGUCCAAAAAAAUUAUAAUUAACUGCAGAAAAUUAAUAAAAUUAAUAAUUUGAAAAAUUAGAUAAAGAAGGAUUGAAAUUAUUUAUAUUAUCUGGAUUAAUCACUUUAAUUGAUAAUGAUAUACCUUUACCUGAAUUAAUAUUAUAUUUAGGAAUAAAAAAUAAAACGUAAAAAUUCAGCCUUUAAAUUAAUAAGAACUAAAGAUUAUAGGAAUAUGUAAAGACAUAAAUGCAAAUUCAUAAACUAUCUAUAACUGAUUAAGUAGAAAGUAGAUUACUAAUUAAAAAAAUAAAGAUUUAAGAAGGAGAAAACAUCCCAUUAAUUUCUAGUAAAGAGUAAGUAUCAGAACCUUAAUUAAUUAUAAGAGCUUUGAAACUAAUUUCUAAUUCUGAGAUGACAAUAUAGUUAUCAGAAAUAUGGUAGAAACCUUCAGUGUUAAAUUUAAAAAAUCAGGUUUAUAAAAAUUGCUUGAAGAAAAAUAAAAAUGAUACUACAAUAGGAUAAAUAAAAAAUUUAUUUUAUAAAAUUGAUAUUAAAUAUGAAUUAUUGAAUAAUAAUUAAUAAUGA